GCAUAGAGUAACUUGUAUAUACUAACUAAACUAAGGAUGUCGGUCUCGCUGGAGAGCGCAGAUUGUGUGCAGGUGAAGGCUGAGCCGUCAUGGGACUUCACGAAGCCUGAACUGGCUGGGCGCCUUGACAAUGUCGUGAAAAAGGAGACCAGUGUGGAUGAUGAAACGACCUGGGGCCUAUACGAUAACCAAAAGGUUAAGGAAGAACUUAAGAACGAACAGGUCGGGGUCAUUGACCAGGAAUUAAAAUCAGAAGAACUUUUGCUGGGUCCCGAGGUGUUCCAGCAGCCCAAAGUGACUUUAGUGUGCCGAGGGAGCCGGUUCAAGCCAAGUCAGAGGUGCUCAGUCAGAUUGGAGCAGAUGCAUUUGGACAUGGAUCACCAAACAUGCACCAUCGGUCAAAACAUGUACAAGUUCCAACAGUAUUUCCCGAGUUAUGACAACGGCACAGAUGAAGAAAAUAAAUCAAGUAUUAAUAAACGUGAAAGACAAACUCAGCAUGUCACCGACACUGAGCAACCAGGCAUUAAAUCAUCAAGGAACAAAUUACAAAAAACGCUUGUAGGAGAGAAACUAUACAAAUGUGAACUCUUGAUAAUAAUUAAAGCGAGAAAGACUGAUUAA